AUGUCAGGCUUGCAGAUUGUGGCUUUUCUCAGUGGCCUGGCUGGGCUGGGAGCCACUCUCGGUGCCACAGUGUCCAAUGAGUGGAGGGCCACCAGCCGGGCAUCCUCAGUCAUCACAGCAACCUGGGUGCUCCAGGGUCUGUGGAACAACUGUGCUGGAAAUGCCAUUGGAGCUUUGCACUGCAGACCACAUCAUACUAUUUUUCAGCUAGCAGGUUACAUCCAAGCCUGCAGAGGACUGAUGAUCGCAGCUGUGUGUCUGGGUUUUUUCGGUUCCGUGUUCGCUCUUGUGGGAAUGAAAUGCACCAAAAUCGGAGGAACUGACAAGAACAAAGCCAGGAUCACGUGCUUCGCCGGCGUGGCUUUCAUUCUCAGCGGCCUCUGCUCGCUGUCAGCGUGCUCCCUCUACGCACAACGGAUAACAUCGGAGUUUUUCGACCCGAUGUUCGUGGCACAAAAGUACGAGCUGGGAGCCGCUCUCUUUAUCGGCUGGGCGGGUUCUGUUCUCUGCAUUCUGGGAGGCUGCAUGCUUUGCUUCUCCAUUGCUGAUUCUUGUACCAAAAGCAACAGUCAGGUGAGCUAUAUCUACAAAGGUGCUGCCUCACAUUCUCAUAUCUCCUCCCCGAGAGGGCAGGCAAAGUCUGUAAACCAGAGGCCGCCUCCAGACUACAGCAGCUCCUCCAGGAUCCAGCACUUCGAUAAGAACGCAUAUGUGUGA